CUCUGAAAUCUCCCAAUUGUUGCCGAGUGGACUUGAUUGAUCUACCUCUACUACAGUGUCCUUGGAUCUGGACUUUGCUGUCGAAGCUGUAAGUCGCUCCGAAAUUUUCUUUCUCGCCCACAAUAGCCCCCCGCUUGCUUCACAUGAUGAGACAACUAGCUGGCACCAGUCAGAGCAAGUUGGAUAUUCGUAUCCUUCUUAAUGCUGAUUAGCUUCCUGAUCCGGGAACGCUACCCAGAUCCUGAAUUUUGUUGCAUCCAUCUAGCACUAUUUUCACCUCACCUGUGGAGAAAACAAUUGCUAAUUUGGAUGCUUGUUAGCAGAACUUCUAGCGUUGAAGAUAUAAAAGCCAAGCCACACCCUGAUUCCAUCUCGGUAUCUCAGUCUGGCAGCAGAGACUUUUCCUUUUUUUUUUUUUCUCUCUCUCCACGAUUAAACGUAUAACUUAAUACCCAAAUAUCCACCACCAUGGUUCUUCACAACCCCAACAACUGGCAUUGGGUCAACAAGGAUGCUUCCGGAUGGGCCAAGAAUUAUCUAAACGAGAAACUCCGUGCGGUUUCAGCCGAGGGAGAUGGAGUCACCGCGAAGGUGUCGAAUGUACUGACGAUGGAUGGCGACGUAGAUGUCAGCCAAAGAAAGGGCAAGGUCAUCACCUUGUUCGAUGUGAAGCUGCAGUUGGAAUAUGAAGGUAAGACUAAGGAAGAGGAGGCUGUGAGUGGGACUAUCACGAUUCCCGAGGUAGCCCACGACACAGAGGAAGAUGAGUAUGUCUUCGAGAUCGAAAACUACUCAGAUUCUUCCUCCAAGCAGCCCGUGAAGGAUCUUGUGCGCUCGAAGCUAGUCCCACAGCUCAGGACAGAACUGGCUAAGCUUGCCCCUGCCCUGGUCGCUGAACAUGGGAAAGAUCUCCAGCACGCCCCCGGUGUGAAUCCCUCCAGCGGAUUUACGAAGGCGACAUCCUACCCUCAAUCUACCAAGAAGGAAGUCUCCGCUCCAAAGACCGAGACUACAACUACUGCCGCUAAGGUUUCUGUCAACACCGUUACGGUGACUGCUUCAGAUGAAUUCCGUACAACGGCUGAGGAGCUCUUCAAGACCUUCACCGAACCUGAGCGUCUUACAGCUUUCACUCGUGGCGCACCACGCCAAUUUGAUGGUGCUCAAGUUGGUGGCAAGUUCUCGAUUUUCGAUGGAAAUGUCACCGGUGAAUUUGUGAAGCUCGACUCGCCCAAACUGCUGGUUCAGAAAUGGCGCUUGGCUCAGUGGCCUGCGGGUCAUUUCAGUACUCUCGAGAUCAACUUUGAUCAGAACGACGUUGAUGGUGUCACUCAAAUGCGUGUGUCAUGGACCGGCGUUCCUGCUGGCCAGGAGGAUGUCACCAAACAGAACUGGGAGCUUUACUACGUGCGAAGCAUCAAGCAGACUUUCGGGUAUGUUGAUCCCUGCCUCGUAUUACAACCAAUUGCUUCCUUACCAUCUCCCUCCAGAUCUCGCUCAUUUGCCUGGGGACAGUUGCUGAUUACAAUGUUUGUUUUUCUUCUUGGUAUAGGUUUGGCACUAUUCUCUGAUCACCUACGGACAUAUUGGACAAGUUCGUGAUAUAGAAUUAGAUUCUCUGUGGUAUGGGAAGGAAACAACCC